AUGAAGAAUCGCGGGGAUUCUAUUAUUGCAAAUAAUACUCAUAAUCAAAAGAGAAUUGUACAGAGAAUGCCUGCUAUGUUUGACACAAAGCGCAUAUACGAGUUGCCGGUGCUGAAGCACAAUAUCGCAGCGGUGCAACUGAUUUUCCAGACUGUGUUCCAGGAAUCGCUCUCUGAUUCGUUUUUGCAGAAAGCGAUCGAUCACAACAAAUCACUGACGAAGCUGAUUAUUCUGGAUAACAUUCCGGUGGGUUUUGUGUAUUCUCACAUUAACCAUGAUGCUGCAUCCCGAUCAAAGAAUAGCAAUACUUUGGUAAUAGACUGCAUUUGUAUUUUAAAGAAUUAUCAACGUCAUGGAAUCGGGUCUCAUAUCGUAAAUUCGCUAAUCGAGAGAGCUCAAAGUGGACUUCAUGUGAGUAAUGUCGAAGUGGUUGCACAAAAAGACAAUGGAUCAAUGGAGUUCUUUUCAAAGUGUGGGUUUUGUGAGAUGAAGGAGAAUGCUGAGCAGAAGGUGUUCUGA